CCCAGUCCCCCCAGUUGCAGGAUGUCUCUGGCUGACGAGCUCCUGGCAGACCUGGAGGAGGCGGCCGAGGAGGAGGACGAGGCUGAAGGCUCCGAGGGGGGGGAGGAGCCGCCCAUCGAGGACGUGAGGGAGGAGCUGGAGCCGCCCGAGGGCUCCAAGUCCGUCCGGAGCAUCGCCAAGUUAUGGGACAGCAGAGCGUUUGCCGAGAUCCUGCAGAAGAUCAAGGAGUACAUCAGCAAACAGCCCAAAGCCGCCGAAGUUUUGGGCCCAGUGGAGGCAGGCCUGAGUACCGAGUGAUCAUCGACGCCAACAACCUGACAGUGGAGAUCG